UAUAGGACAGCGGGGCAGCGCUGAGUGUUCUGGACUGGCACAGCUGAUUGCUGCCAUGGAACGCAGGCGUUCAGGAGGCAGGGAGAACGGAAGUCCAGAUCCAGUUCCAGCCGCUCAGGCGGCCGCAGCGCAGGCCGCUGCGACGGCCGUACGUCGAGCCCGGGUGUCAGGUCCAUCGGCCUUGGACGUCUCUGAUGUCUCGACCGCAUCUGCAACUUCGGUGCCUUCCUCGGCAGGCGGUGCUUUCGAGCAAGAGAUGCAACGGCGUAUCCUGGGCAUGGAGUCGAAAUUGAAGGAUGUGGAUGCCCUGAUCAAAGAUCAGAUGCCACAAGCGCAGCAGAGAUCCGAGGUGCCACAACUGCAAGAGAUGCAGCAAGAGCUUGAUGAAAUGGAGCGCUACAGGCAGUCCUUACAGGCGAGAGCAGACGAACUGGAAAAGACCUUGCAGAAAGAACGCGCCGAACACAAGGCAGCCACGGAGCAUUAUUCCAACCAGAUGAACAAAAGCGUUGAGUUGAUGCGGCACAGUGUGGAACAAAGCUUGACUGAAAGCAAUCACUUGAUGAAGGCGCGCAUGGUUGAAGCUGAAAGCGUGAUAAGGAAGUUGGUGUCUCACAUGAAUCGAACCUUUGAUCAACCCUCCAAGGAGGGCGCAACUCAGCCCAGCGAACUGGUCGACGCGAUGUCGCAAAUGUUGGAGGAACAUCAGCAUUUGGUACAACAGCAACAGCAGUUGUUGGCUCAGCGUACCACUUUCGCUCCAGGCCGGCUGAUCAUUCCUACCUGGCAGGCAGUUCCGCCACAGGGCUACGUGAAGGCAUCUACUGUUCUUCCACCUCAGGCUGAUGGAUCGCGAUCGCCUGGGCGUUUGAGCCCAGUGAUCCCCGUGGAGGGCAGCCCCGCGAAGAGUGGCCCACGGCGAACACCGUUCUCCCAGGCAAUCCUCUCCGAGCAGCAAAUCCCUCAGCGUAUCUCCGGGCGCCCGAUCCCCUGGCAGCAAGAGCCCUCGCUCGUCGAUGUCUCCGCGCGUGCGCGCCCCCUUAGGGGACCAAGAGGAGUUAUGCACCACCGGCAUGAGGUUCGCUGAGUUCGCUGAUGCACGGCCCAGCUAUGAGACCUGAGCUUUUUUUUUCCAGGGAGCGCUUGGCCGAGGCGAAAAGAAACAUCCUCUGGGAAACAAAACAAGCGAAACCAUUUUCUAGUGGGGAAAUGUAAGUAGAAG